GUCCUGAUUGGCUAAACCAUAAAGUUGGUUGGAGAAAUCACUCUCAAUGGAAGAGGUCCCAGAUGGAUGUGAGUGAAGCUAGGCGGAGCUAAGCGGAACGACAUUCAUCUGGCUAGGGUCAGGUUAAGAUAUUGUAGGAAUUGUAUAAUAUUUGGGGGCAUUCUAUAGAAAUACUAUAAGACUAUGCUACAGGAACACUAGAGGAUACGGAUGUUAGAGAGGUGUUACAGAGCAUCAUAGAAGUAUUAUACACUACCAUAGAACUACUAUAGAAAUGUUUUAGCAUUAAAAUAGUAAAAUAGUUCUUUUUUUAAGAAUCCUUUGCCGUACCUCAACACCUCCUCUUCAGUAUUCAUUGGUAUUGUAGUGGAUAGUGUAAUAUUAUGUGCUCUGUUAAAGAAUUGUGUUAAUUGAUGAGUUGCAAUUUCUAUGUGUAUUAUGGUGAUGUCUUUUACAUUGAUGUUACAAUGAUGUUAUAAAAUGCACUUUUUAAAACAAGCCAACUUUUGUCAAAGCACUGAACUUAGUCUAAGAGAUGGGAGCAUGAACUGUACAGACUCAUACUUUGGAUGGGUGUCUUAUGGGAGGACAGUGUGAGUAGCUGAUGUUCUCAAAACAUGUAGGGAACUGUUAUAAGUAAAAAGCGUGUGGCGUAGACGUAGAGAGUGCACAUGCACAACAAGAGACUGCUUCAAAAAAGAUUGAAAGCUAAUGGGGUAAAAAAUCAUGGCAGAUUUUGUCCACUUCCUGGCAACCGUUCAAUCGGGAACUCCUUGAGCGUUGACCAUUUCCUGCGCAACCAGGAAACACGUUGAAUAUUUUUGUGGUAAACUAAUUUAGCGUUUGGAUCAUAUACAUUGAACAUUAACGAUGGCAAGCGAUACGAUGACAGUCACAGUUGCCUAUGGCACAGAGAAGCAUAGCAUCACAUUAACAGGACAGGAUGGCAAGGAACCUCUGUUAAAAGAUCUGUCAGAGGCACUGACAGAAGCGACGGGUGUUCCAGGACCAUCACAGAAACUCAUUUUCAAAGGAAAAUCAUUGAAGGAAAUGGACGAAACCCUUGCCAGCUAUGGCAUGAAACAAGGCUGUAAAGUCAUGUUGAUUGGGAAAAGGCAGAAUAGCCCAGAAGAGGAAGCCGAGUUACGGAAGCUGAAAGAUAUCGAAAAAUCAGUGGAACAGAAUGCCAAAAAGUUGGAGAAGGUAGAUGGUGAACUUUCUGGGCUGAAGAAUGGCUUCCUUGCAAAGGAUCUGCAGGCCGAAGCUCUUAACAAACUGGACCACAGGGUGAAAGUUGCUUCAGAACAGUUUAUGAAGAUAUUGGAACAGAUUGAUUCUAUGAGUUUGCCAGAAAACUUCAGUGACUGCAGAAUGAAGAAAAAAGGCCUUGUGAAAACUGUCCAGGGAUUCCUGGCCCAGUGUGACAGGAUCGAAGCUGGCAUAUCAGAUCAUCUGGCCAAAAUCCAAUCCAAGAACCUCGCCUUGGCGGAGUAGAGCUAAGAGACCUCAUACUCCUCCCCUCCACUGUCCUGACCUAGACCAGCGUCUCUCUCUGUAUCUUGCUCUGUGAGCAAUGAAGGGUGGCGCUGUAGUGAACUCUGGCUCUUUCUAGGAUACUGCGCCCUGUUAAUGUUGGGCUUGCAAGAGAACCUGACUGGACAGUUUUGACCCUCAACACUUGAUAAGACAUAUCAAGCAACGUUGUAAACCUAAUUAUGGUAUAAUGUUGAAAGUAGAUUUUCAUAAUUUUCCUGAAUUGUGUGUUAAGCAGGGGAAAGGUAUUUGUGUCAGUUACUCCCCAAGUCUUUUAUCCCAAAUAAACUGUAAGGGCCCCAACAAACCACCAGCAAUGCUUUGGUAUCUGCAUUUGAAUAUUUUCACAUUAGUGCCCAUUGUGUGUGCUUGGUUGAGCGCUAGUGGUUUACAUUGUGCAUUGCAUUUAAGAAAUUGAGAAUAUUAUGGUUAUAUGGAGAAUUUAGUUUGUAACAUCAAAAUGGACAGAAUCAAGGAAGUCAAGUCAAAAAAAGUCCAGGAAUACCAUUUUUUGGGAAGACUGUAUAUAGGUUUUUUGAUUGAUUCUUGACUUGAAGGUAGCCUGUUAGAUCAAUCUUGUUAAAUGUGUUUCGGUCAGUUAAAAUCUUUGUCUUUUCAUGUCAGUUCAUUUUUUUUAUGCUCUCUCUCCUCCAAAUGGAGAGUAUGGCGAUACAUACUUUGUCUGUAAUUAUAUGUAUGGAGAUCUGAGACUCAUAUUUAUCAAAUGUAAAAAAUACAUGGAUUGUAUGGAAUUACUCAUCCUUAGUGUGCCCCGUGACAUUUUUUGCAAAAUUCGGUCUUUCAUUUCAAGUCGAUUAAAAAAGAGAAAAAAAACA